GUGCUUGUUCUAGGAAGGUGCAGCAUUCAUUAGACGGUGGGCACUUCAAAAAAGCCAGAAUUAUGGAUCAGGAAACGAACACACGUGAUCCGUCAAUGAUCCAGCAAACACCGUCUCCACCAAUCGCCGAGCUAGACCUGGAACCAGUCGCAGAACAAUGUAGUAAACCAACAAUAGGAAGACAGCUCUGGGCUCUGCGCAACGUUCUUAUAGUACUCCUGACUCCAGUAGUGCUCUUGCCGCUUCCUAUCGUAGUGGAUGACCCGAAAACCAACUGUGCCUACGUGAUAUUAGUGAUGGCCGUGUUCUGGAUGACGGAGGCAGUACCUAUCGCCGCCACAUCUCUCAUGCCCAUCUUCAUGUUCCCAAUGAUGGGGAUGCUCCCAGCCUCAACAGUGUCAGCAACAUAUCUCAACGACGCGUCAGUGUUGUGCUUUGGCAGUCUCGUUGUGGCCGUUGCUAUAGAAACUUGGGGAAUUCACAGACGAAUAGCAUUGCGGAUGUUGGUGCUUGUUGGUGCAGAACCAAAACGGUUGAUGGCGGGAGUGAUGGCGUCAACGUGGUUCCUGUCCAUCUGGAUCGCAAACACCGCCACCACCGCCAUGAUGAUUCCUAUAAUCAAUACCAUCAUGCAGCAACUGAAGACUUCCGGUCAAGGCGACCAUGACAAGGAGACGGACAUUGAGCAAUCUAGUAACUCCUACAAGCUGGCGACAAUCUCUCCAGAAGGGGGUAAACCUGCUGACACAUCUCAGCCCUCCUCUCACGCUCGCGACGACGAGGUUCACUAUCAGCGCAUGUUUAAAGCCCUGUCUCUCAGUGUUUGCUUUGCUGCGAAUAUUGGCGGUAUAGCGGGGCUAACCGGGACUGGUUCCAACGUGGUGUUGAAAGGCCAGUCUGACAUGAUUUUCGCCGACAACGACGUCACGUGCCCUGUGACGUUCAGUGCGUGGUUCGUGUACGGCCUCCCCCUCUCCAUCAUCGUCCUCGUCAUCCUGUGGAUCUGGAUGCAGAUCUACUUCCUCAGAUGCAGAUGUUGCGGUACAAACGACAAAACCGCUACAAAGAGAGUAACAGACGCCAUAAAAGAGGAUUUCAAAAAGCUUGGCCCUAUGUCGUUUGCCCAAUGGAGUACACUUACCUUCACUGGACUUCUGAUGGUGUUGUGGAUCACCCGGGAUUUCGGCAGCUAUGGUGGCUGGGGACUCAUUUUCAAACCAAAGUUUGCGUCAGACUCGACCCCUGCGUUGCUGAUCAGCUUCCUGCUCUUCAUAUUUCCCGCAGAUAGACCCGCCGUGUUCUGUUUACGAAAGAAAGAUGAUGUCAGGGAACCAACAUUCCGGCCGCUUCUCACCUGGAAGGAUGUCCAGAAGAAGAUGACAUGGUCACUCUACCUUCUCUUCGGGGCCGGCUUCUCGCUGGCAAAGGCAUCUCAGGUGUCUGGCCUCUCCGACUGGAUUGGGGAGAAGCUGCAGGUGUUUGCUGACCUCAACCCCUACAUCACAAUGCUCAUCAUCUGCUACAUCGUGUCAUUCGCCACACAGUUCAUGAGCAACGUUGCCCUGACAACGCUCAUGAUGCCUAUCAUGGCCAAACUGUCCACCGGCCUCGGUUACAGCCCACUCUUCUUCAUGUUCCCCGUCGCGGUAGCAUCGUCAUUCGCCUUCAUGUUACCAAUAGCAACGCCACCCAACGCCAUCGUGUUCUCCUAUGGAAAUGUGGGCGUGGUGGACAUGGCGAGUUGCGGUUUCAUCAUGAACAUAUUAUCCGUCCCUGUCAUCGUGUUUGCGACAUCAACGUGGGGGAACGCUUUCUUUGACCUCACCACCCUUCCCGCGGGGUUUCUACAAGGAGCUAUGACCAACUCCCCCUUGAACGUCUCAAUCUCCAACUCGACGAACUGAAUACUGAUCGUAACGUCAGCAUGUGAAAUAGAUCCAAUAAACAUGUCUAAUGUAAAGUC